AUGCAAAAUUCAACCACAUGUCGCUUUAAUUUAACCGAUAUUCGAAAAAUUAUUAGUGAUAAUAAUUUGAAUAGUCAUGAGAAAAAAUUAAAUACUUCUAUAACAUCCCAAUCAAGUAGAAGUACUUCUUCUAAAGAGGAUGAGGAACAAAAUCGUCUCAUGGAGCAUCUUAUUGGACUUCUUAAAGAAAAAAAACAAUUAAUGGUUUUUUCUGGAGUAUUUCCUUUACUUGAACAACUUGUUGAUGAAGAGAUUUCUCGUGUUCGUAUGAGACUUUUUCAAUGCAAUUUCUCUAAUACUAAGAUAGACUUACCAGAACCUGAAGGAAAUCUUCAAUUUGUACAGGAAAAAAUUUAUGUACCUUACAAAGAAUAUCCUGAUUUUAAUUUUGUUGGACGUAUUUUGGGACCACGUGGUAUGACAGCUAAACAACUUGAAUUGGAAACAGAAUGUAAAAUUAUGGUUAGAGGAAAAGGUUCUAUGAGAGAUAAAAAAAAAGAAGAAGCAAUGAGAGGAAAAGUCAAUUGGGAACAUUUGGAUGAUGAUCUUCAUGUAUUAAUUCAAUGUGAAGAUACCAAAAAUAGAGCCUUAAUUAAGAUUAAGAAUGCCAUUGCACAAGUUAAAAAACUUCUUGUUCCCGCACCAGAAGGAUCAGAUGAGUUAAAAAGAAAACAAUUAAUGGAAUUGGCUGUUAUCAAUGGUACAUAUCGCAAUGGUUUAACUGGACACAAAGGAUCAUCUUCAUCUUCUCCAGUUGUUCCACCACUUAAUGUUAUUUCACCAUUCCAAAAUCACUAUAAUAGAAGUGUUAAUAAUUCUUUAUAUUUGGGUAAUCAGGGAUCAAAUAAUACAUCUUUUAAUUCAAUGAAUUGUGAUAUGUCUGGUAAAGGAAUGCCUUUUAUGAAUCCUCAAAAUGAGGAAAUAACAAAAAAUAUGGAAGCUCUUUUUAAAAGUCUUCAACUUCUUAAUGGAAGAGAGUAUAACUUUCAGAUGAAUCCUCUCUUCCAAAAUGCUAAUCUUCUUAGCAAUGCUUUAAAUGAUAUUAAUAUGCAACAUCUCUUCCAGCAAAAUGUUUACAAUCAAGAAUGUACACCACUCUCAUCUAGUGAACAUUCUGAUAAUGGUAAUUUUAAUAUUGAAUAUGAAAAUAUGACAAGAAAUGUUUUUAAUCGUCUUGGUGGUGGUGAUAACUAA